CUCAUUGUGAACUUCUCAAACUCUUCUUCAACCUUUUGAUCUUUUGCUGAUUUGGGUUCCUCGUAUUGGUUUGGCACGAACCUAAGAAAUGGGAAAUCAGGCGAUGAGAAAUGGGGAUUACUUGGAAGGGAUGCUCAGUGAUUAUGUCGGCGGAAAGGCGAGGAUGAAAGCUCAGAAGGGUGGCUCUUCUCGGCUUGUCACAGCGCUCACUUGUCUCCAAUUCGCCUUCGCAUUGUACGCAACAUUCCUGUUGUAUUACAUGAGCCCCUCAAUAGAUUUGCGGACCAAACCAGAUUUUACAUGGGCCACCCGAAUCGCGCAACAAUGGAAGAAUUUCAUUGUUAUCCCGCAUGUUGUCGGUCGGUACCAAGAAUCCUCUGCUCUCGAUUUUGUUCAACCGAUUGUGAGUCCGUCGGAAGUAUGCGAGCACGAGAAGAUAGAUUUCACGCAGAAGAAGUCAAAUGACGCGCAAAUGAUCAAGUUGAAGAGAGAGCUUUACAGUGAAGUAUUGGGAUUCCAGAGCAAGAGCGCCGGCACAGAAACUCUUGCUGAGCUAUUGGCAAUGAAGUCCAAGUGGGAUUUGCGAGGCCCCAAAAGGGCGAAAGUCACGGUCAUCUUGAACCAUUUCAAACGGAAAACGCUCUGCGCCCAGCUUGAUUCUUUGCUUCAACAGACGCUUCCUUUCCACCAUGUUUGGGUGCUUUCAUUUGGGAGCCCGAAUGAGGUUUCCUUGAAGAGAAUUGUGGAUAGCUAUAAUGAUUCGAGAAUCAGCUUCAUAAGUUCAAGCUAUGAUUUCAAGUACUAUGGAAGAUUCCAAAUGGCUUUGCAGACGGAGGCGGAUCUUGUGUAUAUCCUCGACGACGACAUGAUUCCGGGAAGGAAAAUGCUACAGAUUUUGUCGCAUGUGGCCGGGACGGCCAAGUACGAGAACGCCGUUUUGGGCAGUAUCGGGAGGAUUUUGCCGUUCAGGCAGAAGGACUUCACAUUUCCGAGCUACAGAAAGUUUCGGUCCAAGGAGGCGGGCCUUUAUUUGCCCGACCCGGCUUAUGAUAUCACGGUUGAUAAAAUUGUCCAGGUGGACUUUCUUUCCAGCUCUUGGUUCUUGUCGGCCGAGCUUGUCAAGACGCUUUUCACUGAGACCCCCUUCACCUUUGCCACCGGCGAAGAUCUUCACCUUAGCUAUACACUUCAAAAGUACAGAAAUGCUGGCUCGUUUGUUGUUCCAGUUGACCCGCACGACAAGGAAACAUGGGGCGACAGUGAACACCGGCUUGCUUAUGUCUCCGAAACCACUGUAAUCUUCAAAGACAUCGUUCAAGUACGAGACGACCAAUGGUGGAAAGCUCUUUCUACUGGCUAUAUCACCCAGUGGGCUGCAAUGCAUCCUCAAAAAAUCGACGCCCUCUUCUACGCCCACUCUAUCGACGAGGUCAAAGCCCUCGCCCCCCUUCUCGAAAAGUUCCGGUCCACCGUCGGGAAAAAGGCCUACAUCGCGGUCUCCGGAGGCGACUUCUGCGGUUGCGAAGACGCUGCAACCGCUCUCAAGUGGCCCAAGUUGGUGUGCAAAGAACGGAGGUUUAAGAUAUUUGAUAUGGCCGUCGGAGCUGUGUCUGGAAUUUCCAAGUCGGAGGUGCCGCUGCUGAAUGCAGUCUACUCUAGCGUGAAGGGUUUGAUCAGAAUUCAUAAUCCCAGCGUGGUGAUCACAGUGGCCGACAUUGAUCCUAAUGUGAAGAAAGCUUUGAAGAUGGCAACGGAAACUAAUUCCAAUGGGACAACUCUUGUUCUUUUACCAAGACCCUCCGUUUCAAAGGUUCUUUGGAUGGCUGAUCUACGAUCAACAGCCUUGCCAAAUUGGAACCGGAUGAGGAUCUCUGUGAACAUUAUCACCCAAAAUCGAGUUCAUUCUUUAAAAAGGCUUCUCAAAUCUCUGAGCAAUGCCUACUAUGUCGGCGACGAUAUCCCUAUCAGCUUCAACGUGGACAGCAAAGUGGACGAGGCAACAAUUAAACAUAUAAACUCAUUCCAGUGGCCUCACGGCUCCAAAAUCGUGAGGCGGAGGAUCAUUCAAGGAGGGCUGAUCCGAGCCGUCAGUGAGAGCUGGUACCCAUCAUCGGACGACGAUUACGGCCUCCUCCUUGAGGACGACAUCGAAGUCUCUCCCUACUACUAUCUAUGGAUCAAAUACGCCCUCUUGGCCUACCAGUACGACCCACAAGUGUCUCUCCCGGAGCUCUCUUCCAUUUCCCUUUACACUCCUAGGAUUGUUGAGGUUGUCAAAGAAAGACCCAAAUGGAAUCCCACAGAGUUUUUCAAGAACACCCACCCAAACACGCCUUAUCUCCACCAAUUGCCCUGCAGCUGGGGCUCUGUUUUCUUCCCCAAGCAAUGGAGAGAGUUCUAUGUGUACAUGAACAUGAGGUUCACUGAAGAUGCCAAGGCAAACCCAGUUCAGAUUCCCAAGUCUAGAACAAAUGGGUGGCAGGCUUCGUGGAAGAAGUUUCUGAUUGACAUGAUGUAUCUCAGAGGCUACGUUACUCUGUAUCCCAACUUUCCUAAUCAGGCAAGCUUUUCCACGAACCAUAUGGAGCCGGGGGCUCAUGUUAGUGCGAAGGACAACGUUGUUAGGCACGACAAGACAGAUUUUGAGGUGCCCUUGUUGAAGGAAGACUUCCGGGGGCUGUUGCCGGGUGGGAAGUUUCCUCCGGCGUCGAGAUUGCCGUCGCUGAACCUCUUCAAUCAGCCAGUUUCUCUCAAGGGACUCAAGGCGGCUGGGACCAAGUUGGGGCAGGAUGUACUUAGAUGUGACAAUGUCACUGAGGUUGUUGUUGUUGAUCACGGAACAGGUCUGCCACUGCGCUGUGCAAAAUUCUAA